CGCGCCUUGCACACGCACACACACAUAGACAGGCAGCCACGCGCGGUGAAUUUCAGCCCAGCCAUGGCUCCCUGGUAGAUGCUCAAAGCGGCUGUUGUCAGAGCGAAUUAAAUCUCCCCCUCUCUCCUCCGCGCUGCUUUGCCGGUUUUCCUCCUGACCUCGCUUGCCUCCGCUCGGGGUUUUUCAAUAUUUUAUUCAGGAUUCCUGCGCUGUCUUCUUCUACAUGGCUACAUCAGAUGGACUAGACGGCUGUCUGCAGCGAGGCAGAUCUCAAAGUGACCCGAACAUACUUACGGAACCGGGCAUCGAUUUGGCUCACGGCACAGUAGAACUCGUGGACCAGCAGAGGGUGCUUAGAACAGGCUGCCUCGUGUCAGGGGUUCACACUCCACCCAUCCGACGUAACAGCAAGCUGGCCACCCUGGGGCGAAUCUUCAAGCCCUGGAAGUGGAGGAAAAAGAAAAACGAAAAACUCAAGCAGAGCUCCACAGAUGUAGCAUUAUCCAGCAGUCUCAUGUGCCACGAUCCCAGCUCUCCUACCCAAGGCUGCUGCUCAGAUGGGGGAGUCUUACUUGGUGGAUUUGGGGGAUCUUUAAAUUCAAACCUCACAGUCAGCAGCGUGGAGUACCUUGGUCCUGAGGAGGAGCGUCCCUCUUCUGUGGCUCCUCCGCUCCAAGACUGCGACCGGGUGGGGGAGAAUGUAGCACUAUCAGAGGAGAAUGCAGAGGACGAGGCGCGCCCAGCGGGGGAUCUACCUGAGGCGCUACAGGACCCAGGGGAGCACAUGGAUGAAAGAUCGGAAGAGGAAAUCGCUCCAGGAACGUCACCACCACAAGUACCUCCUAAGCUUUUGCCCCAGCUAAAUUCUGGAGAUGAUUCAGGACCUGUGUCGCUCCCUGCUCAUCUGCCCAACUCCUACCUCCCCAAAGAGCCUCCACCCAGGGCCACAGAAAGCAUGGCUUCAAUGACCCUGCCACUCCGAGGGCCCCUGGCAAACCCCUCAGGGUCUCCACAUCUUGGCAAUAUGAUGCACCCUCCCAUGCCCCCCAGCUGCAUUAUGGAGGAGCUGCAGAGAGCCUUUGCUUCCAAGAAUCGACAGGAGAGUGUCCAUGAAGGGUGUGAGCAGGGCUCACCCCCACGGCUAUGGUGCUCUGACGGACGGCUGUCUCGCUCCUGCAGCUCCGAUAACCAACACACGUCAUCUUUGGCCGGUGGCUGCGUAGGAGGCGGAGGGUCUGACUGGCCCAAGAAGGAAGCGGAGGAGAACAAGGAGAACGUGCUGCUGGACCAGUGCUUCUCCAAGACCUCAGGCCUCCCCUUCGACCUGGACGGCUGGAACGAGUCUGUCAUCUCUGGUACACUUCCUCGCAGGCUAAGGAAGGAGUUGUUGGCUGUCAAGCUACGAAACAGGCCCAGCAAGCAGGAGCUGGAGGACAGGAAUAUCUUUCCGGCACGGAGUGAUCAGGAGCGACAGGAAAUUCGACAGCAGAUAGAGAUGAAACUUGCCAAGAGGUUGAGCCAGAGACCGAAUGUGGAGGAGCUGGAGAGUCGGAACAUUUUAAAACAGAGAAACGAUCAGACAGAGCAGGAGGAGAGAAGGGAGAUAAAGCAGCGACUAAACAGAAAGCUCAAUCAGCGGCCAACAGUUGAUGAGCUGCGAGAGAGAAAGAUCCUGAUCCGCUUCAGUGACUAUGUGGAGGUGGCCAAAGCUCAGGACUACGACAGGAGAGCAGACAAGCCCUGGACUCGUCUCUCAGCCGCAGACAAGGCUGCCAUCCGAAAGGAGCUGAACGAGUUCAAGAGCACAGAGAUGGAAGUGCACGCCUCAAGCAAGCACCUAACUAGGUUCCACCGGCCGUGAAAGUGACGAGUUUCUUCUGUGAAGAAAUGCUGAGCUUCGAAAUUUCCCGAAGCUGCCCGACGCCGCCCAGUGGUGCCACUUCAAAGAGCCUGAAGCCUUUUUUUUGUCUUCAGCGUGUCUUUAAGUUCCUUCCAGCACCCUCAUGUCAGUACGGGAGGGAUGUUUGCAGCAGCGUUCGCCCCGGAUGCAGCGUGGAGGCGGGCGGGCGGAGGAGACUUUGGCGGAGACCCCUCUGACUCUCAGGACAAGAGCGGAGGGGAGGAGGGAAGAAAAAAAAAACAAAAAACAAUCCUGUCAUUAAUUUUUUUGUACUAAUUCAUGGACUACUUUGAGAAAUGGGCGUGAAUCCGUGUAGUGGGAAGAAGUAGUGCAUGUGACCACCUUUUCUUAACCGAUCAAUAACGUGUCACUUGGACUGUGUACAGACUGUGAAGUCGGGUGAGAACGUGUUGGGGAGCAAUUUGAUAUUCACUGUACAUACAGUAUGUCAAUCAGAACGGGACUGACGAAAAAGAGAAAUACCUUCGUAAGCACUACUUUAAAACUGUCUUCGAAAUACAACAUGUUUUUUUUUUUGUUU